CCAUUUUAUUUCUGAAGUGUCAAUGCCGGAUUGAAGUGUUUUCCACCAUUCCAGAGUAGUUUAUUUGAUCUAGCAACAAUUGGAAAUUAAUUCAAUCGGACCCCCGUGUGAUUUUUAAUAGAAAAAUGUCCACUGCUGCUAGACCAACGUUUGAUGGGGCUAGAGGAGGUCAAGGACGUGGGGAAAAGGAUCUUAGUGCUAUUUCAAAGCAGUACAGUAGCAGAGAUCUGCCUGGACAUACGAAACUAAAAUACAGAGAACAUGGACAGGGGACGACUGAGGAACUUCGCACAAAAGACUUCAGAAAGGAAUUGGAGGAGAGGGAAGUGGAGAAGACAAGUAAAUCGUCCAACCGGAGGAUGAUCGAACCCUCGAGGGAACCAGCACAGCCCAGUAAACGCCAGAAGGUCGAUCAAGUCCCAGCAGCGAGUCUCGAUGCUGACGAUCCUUUGGAUGAGGAUGAUUCAGACUCUGACAGUGAUGAGGAUGACACCGCAGCACUUCUUGCUGAGCUGCAGCAGAUUAAAAAGGAGAGGGCUGCUGAUAACGCCAAGAAGGAAAUGGAAAAGCGACAGGAAGAGGAAAGGAUCAGAAUGGAGAACAUUUUGUCAGGGAAUCCUUUAUUGAAUUACUCAGCUCAAGCCACUCGCACAGACAUGAAGGUGAGACGACGAUGGGACGACGAUGUCGUCUUCAAGAACUGCGCGAGAUCAGAACCGAAGAAGAAACACGAUGUCUUCAUUAAUGAUUCCCUCAGGAGUGAAUUUCACCGUAAAUUCAUGGAGAAAUAUGUUAAAUAAGACUGAUAGUUACUCUCUCUAUGAUUAAUUUCAUUUCGUACGCCUCUAGAGAAGGUAAUUACUCAUUAAUUUUGUGGCAUUGUAAAUAGACCGAUAAGAAUCAAUAAAGGGAAUCAUUGAAUAAUGACAGA